GGAGCGGCGCGGGCCAUGGAGAGCGGCGGGGCGCUGAACGGCUCCGCCACCGCCGCCGCCGGGCGCUUCACCGCCGCGGGCACGGCCGCGCUGGGAGCGCUGAUGGCUCUGCUGAUCGCGGUCAUCGUGGCCGGUAACGCGCUGGUGAUGCUGGCGUUCGUGGCGGACUCCAGCCUGCGCACCCAGAACAACUUCUUCCUCCUCAACCUGGCUAUCUCGGAUUUCCUAGUAGGUGCGUUCUGCAUUCCCCUGUACGUGCCCUAUGUGCUGACGGGGAGAUGGAUCUUCGGGAGGAGCCUCUGCAAACUCUGGCUGGUCGUUGAUUACCUGCUCUGCACCUCUUCGGUCUUCAACAUCGUGCUGAUUAGCUAUGACAGAUUCCUCUCGGUGACAAGAGCGGUCACCUACAGAGCCCAGCAAGGCAACACCAAGCAGGCAGUUCUGAAGAUGGUGAUGGUGUGGGUAUUGGCGUUCCUGCUUUAUGGACCUGCCAUUAUCAGCUGGGAGUACAUCUCAGGCCGGAGCACCAUACCCACUGGCCAGUGCUACGCUGAGUUUUUCUACAACUGGUAUUUUCUCAUGACAGCCUCCACGCUGGAGUUUUUCACCCCCUUCAUCAGUGUGAUGUUUUUCAACCUGAGCAUUUACCUGAACAUACAGAAACGCACCAAACUACGCCUAGAUAUUUUCCACGAGGUGCACAACCAAUCCUUCACCGAGGAGAUGGAAACGAGCGCAGAAGCAAAGCUUUCUUUGAAAUGCUGUAAGUGGGAGCAGAAGGAGCCAGCUGAAACCCUCGACCCCUCCAAGAGCAAAGCCAAAGCAGCAGCCUCCCCUACCAGCCUGGGUGCCAAAGCCCUGCUGUCAACAAGCUCUGAGAGCGCUGGGAAACCCAAGUGUUGCAACAAGAAGAGCUGUAAAAGCUCAGCAUCCACUCUGUCCUUAGAGAAAGGGAUGAAGGUCGUGUCCCAGAGCAUGACCCAACGCUUCAGGCUCUCUAGAGACAAGAAGGUGGCUAAAUCACUGGCAAUCAUAGUGGGCAUUUUUGGGAUAUGCUGGGCACCGUACACUCUCCUGAUGAUCAUCCGGGCCGGCUGCCACGGCCACUGCAUCUCUGACAUCUGGUACGAGACAUCCUUCUGGCUGCUGUGGAUCAACUCGGCCGUCAACCCCGUCCUGUACCCGCUCUGCCACUACAGCUUCAGGAGGGCUUUUGUUAAACUCCUUGACCACGUCAAGCGUUGACCUUCGACCCCUGAACCUUGACCUAUGACCAUUGACAAUUUGCGCAUUGCCAGUUAAACAUUUACCUUUGACCUAUCACCUUUUGACCCCAAACUUUGACCUGACGUUUGACCAUUAAAAUGCCGACU